AUGGAUCCUCAUGUCAAGUAUCUGGAUGAGCUGAUACUAGCAAUUAAGGAAUCAAGAUUAUCCAGUAGUAUUGGUCCCAAAGGUUCCAAAAUCUUAACAACGCUUGUCAGGAAUUUAAAAGAUGGCAAAAAGAACGAUGAAACUUUUGGUAAAUCAAUGGAAGCAUUGGACCUUUUACUGAGAUCGAAUCCCCAUAAUGAGAUGGAAUCUCUCAUCCAGGAAUUUCUACACAUUUGUGUUGCCAAUUACCAUUCGUUAUCACGCAACUGGUUCAUUAGAAGGAAACUUGGUAACUGGUGUAAAAUGAGUGUACAGUUACAUGGACAAAGUGUCAGGAUAGCCAUUUCAAAUCGUAUAGCUAGACUGUUGGAGGAAUGUGAAAACGACUUAACGCAAACGUUAAUGGGUAGAUCUGAAAUCGAACAGUUCUAUCACUCUCUAAAGAAACUCUGGACUAUCUGUUAUUGGUUUACUCAGUCACAAGAAUUUGGCAGCUCUACCACUACUCUAAUAGAUUCAGAACUAGGCAUUACCACAUGGGAUUUACAGCUACAACGAUUACUUAGGUUUGUCAUUUACAUCUUUGAAUCGGUAAACGUUCAAUCCAUGGAGUACGAUUGUUUACAGUUAAGGUUUUUAUCCAUGGUCGUCGAAUCAUUGACUAACGGUGGUCAGAUUUCCACAGAAAAAUUGAAAUUUGUCAUUUACUUUUUAGACCAUUUUAUGAAAAGGAACUACGGCGGUAAUGAAGCAAGCAUUGGCAUUUCCAAAUCACUCCUGAGGGUUUACAUACUAUGCGGUGAUCGUGACUUAGUAGAUGUAUUUAUGGAUCAUUUCCCGCUCUCGAAAUGGCUCGAAAAUAGUUCAAUUUCACCUCUCGUGAAGAAGGCGCUAAUUGUUUUGGAAAAUGAUUUAAAAUCGAGAGGUAUAAUUGAUGGUUCUCUCCAGGAUAUUAGGCCAUUUACAGAAAAUUCACAGUUAGAAAAUUUGAGAACAUUAAUUGGUAAAAAAUUACGACGGCUCCCUUCAUUACAGGAGAGUAUGGAUACUGUAGAUCCAGGAAUUAUUGAAAGAUCAAAGGGUGACAUGCCUGUAUUGUUAGGCCAAGUUGCACAAUCUAUAGAAAAUUGUUUUAAUACCCAAAACGUCAGUAAAUUAGUCUCAUGGACUAAAAUACUUGCACGUUUAGCAUGUUUGGAAUCACAUAGUCCAAGGCCUCAGUUGGCCAAUUGGACCAUUUGUGAAAUUUGUGAUACAAACCAAUCGAGGAAUGUAUUCGAGUUGAUAGAUCCUGAUAGGCCAAAUUGCAUUACAAGUUGUACAUCUUUUCAAAUACUACAAAAGUCAUUUUUAUCCAACCCUAAUUGGGAAGAAUUCAGUGAAUCCCUGCUGGCAGGAAUUUUACUCUGUUUACAAAGAAUUUUCGUUCAUUAUCAACCCCCAAAAUUAAGCCAUGGAUUCAUUUUCGAAAUCGUAGAGAAAUGUUUCCAUAAUCCAAACAGAUACCUUAGGAUGCUAAGUUCAAGAUUAAUACCUCUAUGGAAUAUUACUAGUUUGCAUAACUCGGAAGAUCAAAACACUGCUUUCUUGAUACAAUUUUUACAAAGCAGUAACAAACCUCAUAUGACAGAAACCACGGUUUUAGCUUGGGCGCAGUUGACAUUGACAACUAGUGGUGAAGUUUUUGACACUUUACUACUCAAAUUAAUCGAUAUGUUUAAUUCAAGUGAUUAUGCAACUCAUAUUAUGAUGGCGUUUCAAAUUAAAAAUGUUGCUAAAGUUUUGAACAAAACUCCAUAUCAAUUACUUUCUCCAAUUCUACCCACACUACUGAGACAAUUGGGUAAAAAUUUGGUAGAACGCAAAGUAUCAUUCUAUCGAUUAACGAGAUUAUUGGGGUAUUCUGCGAAGACUAUUUUACAAAUUUAUCAAAGGUACAUUGUACCAUAUGCGAUAACACAGUAUAAAACCGACGUGUUUGGUGAAAUUGCAAAAAUUACGUGCGAUGGUGACAAUCCAGAGGAAAUCAACGAGCAAAAAGCAGUAUUACUGGAUAAGAAUAGUAGACAAAUUUUUGCUGUGGCUCUGGUAAGGCAUGGUCUCGUUUCGUUGGAGACUUUAGAAACGCUGUUCUUGAAUAGAUUACCAUCAUUCGAUAAACGUUACAUCUCAGCAUAUUUGCCAGAUUACAAGACUUUAGCAGAGGUCCUCAAGCUUUAUAAAAAUGAAGAAGGAGAUGGUUCAAGCGUCCAAGAAAAUAAAAAAAUGAUCCUGUGUGCACUGAGAUUUCUCAUAACCAAUUUCGACAGAGAUAAAAGACAUGGAUCCAAGUAUAAAAAUGUCGAAGAUUGGCCUCCUGAACGAGAACAACUAUUUCAAAAGAAACUGCAGGAUAAUAUUCUUGGUAUUCUUCAAGUAUUUUCCAGUGAUAUACACGAUAUUGAAGGAAGAACUACGUAUUACGAAAAACUGAGGGUAAUCAAUGGUAUUUCCUUUUUGAUAAAAAAUGCAUACAAAAAAUCGAUUAUUUCUGCCUUGGCACAAAUUAGCAUUUGUCUUCAAACAUGUUUGGAAAUUAAAGAAAUUAGAUUCAACGCUUUGAAAUGUUGGAAGCUACUGGUUAUAGUUCUGACUGAUGAGGAAUUAUCUACUGUGAUAGAUGCGCUGUUAUGUUACGUACUACAAAAUUGGUUCACUUUCAACAACAAGCUGAAGUCCGUGGUGUACGAAAUAAUAGACAUUUUGAUCAAAGAAAAGGAUUCUUUAGUUUUGAAAUUGAAGCCAUACAUGACCCUGAGUCUAGUUGCCAAGACAGAACUUGGAAUAUUAGAUAGAGAUAGCCAAUUUGCAAGGAACGUCAACAGAGUCUUGGCAAGUACCGAUUGGAUGCCGAUUUUUUCCGAUAACCUCCAAAGCUCGAACAAGCAUGUAAUUUAUCAGAAUCUUGAUGAUCUCCAGAUCUUUUUGAAAAGAAAACAAUCAGAGCGGUCCUCAGAUAUCUUUUCAAAACAAGGCCCAGAUGUUGGUAUUGCUCUCGUAUUGGGAGCUCUACUGGAUACUUGCCAUAAAUACAAAAAUACGGAUCAGGAGCUCUGUCAGAAGUGCGCCCAAUGCAUCAGUAUAAUCGGUGUUUUGGAUUUGAACAAACAUGGAUUGAGAAGAAGGACACCCAUCGCUAGUGAGGUCUAUGAUUUGAGCGAUGAAACUCAGACCAUUAAAUUUUUGAUUUGGGUUAUAAACGAUAUUUUAGUACCUGCCUUUUGGCAAAGUGAAAACCCAAGUAAACAACUUUUCGUCGCCCUAGUCAUGCAAGAAUCAUUGAAAUAUUGUGGGUUAAGUUCAGCUUCCUGGGAUAUCAAUAGGAAAGAUCUUUUUCCCAAUGAGGCUAAAUUAUGGGAUAAAUUCAAUACCAUCUCAAAGACUACACUAUUCCCCUUGCUUUCAUCUCUUUAUUUGGCGCAAUCAUGGAAGUCUUAUGUUCCAUUGAAAUAUCCUUCGUACAACUUUAAAGAAGGUUACACUCCAUGGAUUAAAAGCUUCUGUCUCGAUUUGCUCAAAACAGGUACUGGCGAGGAUCACCCAUUACAUGUUUUUGCAUCGCUUAUAAGAGAGGAUGAUGGUUCUUUAUCUGACUUUCUGCUGCCAUACGUAGCUAUGGAUAUUAUCAUUAAUGCUGAACCAGGAAAAGGAUAUACCGUUUUGAUGAAUAAUAUCAUACUCGAAUUUAAAUGCAUCCUUGAAUUAAAGUUGGAUGAAUUGAACCAUUUGCAGAUUGAUUCUCUUAAGAUGUGCUAUCAGUCCAUUUUCCGAGUAUUCGAAUAUUGCAAGAAGUGGAUGACCCACUUUAAGCAAAGCUAUAACAAUAACCAUGGAACCUUUAUCAUUAAAGAGGCCAAAUACAAUAACAUGCUAAGAAGAGUAGAUGAUUUUCUAGGAGCCUUUCCUUCAGCUCUUCUCGCCCAGAGAUCUUUAGAAACCAAUUCCUUUGAAAGAUCUGCAUUGUACUUGGAACAAUGUUAUCGGCAAGAAAGCGAUAAAGAAAUACAACCUUUUAGCAUUCUUGGUUCUCUACAUCGUACCUAUGAAGAAAUCGGAGAUAUUGAUUCGAUAGACGGUUUACUUAAGACUUUCUCAACGGAGGAUCUGAUGUCCAAAAUCGAAGAGCUCCAAUAUUCUGACAACUGGCAGAUGGCCCAAAAUUGUUUCACAACUUUGGGAACCUUCACAAUGGAUUCUCCAAGUACGACCAAAAUGCUGAAGUCAAUGUACGACCACCAACUUUAUUCCAAGAUAUUAUCACAACUGGAAAUCUUGACUCCUAAUAAUUUAAGAUAUUUGAACUCAGAAACCAGGGAAUGGUAUAGAAUUGGAAUGGAAGCAGCCAACCUUGAGGGAAAACUUAGUUCGUUGACUAAUUGGAUUGAAAAAGUCGAAAGUUUACCAAAGUUACAGGACCCAGAAAUCCUUCUUCAAUAUAAUAUCGGAAAGGCGUUCUAUCAUGAGCAUACAAAUGAUCCAACUAAGACCAUGCAUUAUAUUAACAAAUGUUUCAAACUUAUAGGAUCUCAUUUCGUCGCACCUUCAAUCGCCACAACUUUACUAAAGAAACAAACCUUAUUGAUGAAACUCCACGGGUUGUACGAUUUAUCACUUCUUUCUAAGAGUAAAAAUGAAUUAGAUUAUAUUAAUAACACCCAUAUUCUCGAGUUCCGCAUGAAGCGCAUUGGAGUUGAAUUUGAACCCAACCAUUAUCUUUUAUCUAUAAGAAAGGCUUACGAUUCUUUGAAGGACACCGACUGCACAAAACAAGAUCUUAUUAGAACUUUAUUCAAUACAACAAAGUUGUGCAGGAAUAAUUCUAGGCUAGAUAUCGCAUGCGAGGCACUAAUGUUUUGUGUACAAUACGAGCACCAACAGGCGGAACUAGAAUUUGCAGAAAUAUUGUGGAAACAAGGUGAAAAUGACAGAGCACUUAAAUUAGUCAAGGAGAUCCACCAAAGAUACAAAGAUGAUCCCACAGUGAAACCUCAUGAUAGAGCCACUGUGCAGCUGAAAUACACAGAGUGGUUGGACUUAUCAAAUAACUCGGCAUCUGAACAGAUUAUAAAACAAUAUCAAAAUAUCUUUGAAUUGGAUCCCAAAUGGGCAAAACCAUACUAUUCUAUUGGAUUAUACUACAGUCGAUUACUUGAGCGAAAGAAAGCGGAAGGAUAUGUGACCAAUGGUCGUUUGGAAUACAAGUCAAUUUCCUACUUCUUAUUAGCUUUCGAGAAAAAUACAACAAAAGUACGUGAAACCCUACCUAAAGUGGUUACAUUCUGGCUUGACAUUGCAGCAGCAUCGAUGAAUGAACCGUCGACGUCCAGACGUGAAGUUUUGCAGAGGGCAACUCAGGACAUAUGUGAACGUGUCGAUGAUGCUUUAAAAAGCUGUCCAAAAUAUAUCUGGUACUCAGUUUUGACACAGCUUUUAUCGAGAUUGCUUCAUGUACACCCCCCUUCUUCGCACCUAAUUAUGCAAAUUUUGGUCAACUUAAGCGUGGAAUACCCAUCUCACAUACUUUGGUAUAUUACGGUUCUGGUCAAUUCUACUUCGUCUUCUAGAGUCAACCGAGGUAAGCAAAUUAUUGAAAAGUACAAGCGAGCAACACACGGUCAUGGUAACUUAGUAAUGGAGGCCUUUGACUUGACCACCGCUCUUACUAGAGUUUGUUUGAAAGAUGCGAAAAACGUAUCCAGUAGAUCAGGUACCUCUCUUGAACGAGAUUUCAAAUUCAAUAUGCAAAUGGCACCCUCUGCUAUGGUAGUUCCUGUAAGAAUCAAUUUAGAAAUGAUUUCCCCAUUAUCCUCCGAUUCAAUGAAAACUUAUAAUCCAUUUCAACCGGCGGUAACAAUAGCUAGGUUUGGGUCGGCAUAUAAGGUAUUUUCCUCGUUGAAAAGGCCCAAGCAACUGAAUAUUGUGGGAUCUGAUGGUAAGAUCUACGGAAUUAUGUGCAAAAAGGAAGAUGUUAGACAGGAUAAUCAAUAUAUGCAGUUUGCCACGACAAUGGAUUUUCUAUUAAGCAAGGACCUGGAAAGUACAAAGAGAAAUCUGGGCAUUACUACCUAUUCAGUCUUAUCAUUGAGAGAAGAUUGUGGAUUGCUAGAAAUAGUACCUAAUGUUGUUACACUUCGAUCAAUUUUUGUCACCAAAUAUGAGAGUUUGAAAAUUAAGUAUAGCUUGAAGAGUCUUUACGAGAAGUGGCAGCAUCUCCCUGGAGAGGGCAGGAUGAAGUUUUACACGGAGCAGCUGGAAACCUUCCCUCCGAUCUUGUAUCAAUGGUUUUUAGAAACGUUUCCAGAUCCUAUUAAGUGGUUUAAUGCACGAAACACAUUUGCUCGUUCAUAUGCUGUAAUGGCAAUGGUAGGCCAUAUUCUGGGUUUGGGAGAUCGACAUUGUGAAAAUAUCUUAUUAGAUAUAGAGAAUGGAAAAGUAUUACAUGUCGAUUUCGAUUGUUUAUUUGAAAAAGGUAAGCGUUUACCUGUUCCUGAAAUUGUUCCCUUUAGACUUACACAAAACUUGUAUGAUGCACUAGGUAUUGUUGGUACAGAGGGGACGUUUAAGAAAUCAAGUGAAGUGACUGUAUCACUUAUGAGAAAAAAUGAAGUAUCAUUAGUCAACGUUAUCGAAACUAUCAUGUAUGACAGGAACAUGGAUAAUUCCAUUCAAAAGGCAUUGAAAGUACUAAGAAAUAAAAUUCGAGGCAUUGAUCCUCGUGAUGGUUUAGUCCUAAGUGUCCCAGGACAAGUAGAGACGUUGAUCCAGGAAUCAGCGUCUCAUGAGAAUUUGAGCAAGAUGUAUAUUGGUUGGCUUUCAUUUUGGUAG